AUGUACAUCAAUACCCGCUGGUGUAAUUACAUUAAAGUGCAUGAGCGCAUAUGUAGUCCCAACAUCGAGCUGCUCACUCUAUCCAUGCACCCAUUCUAUCUCCCAUGCGAGUUUCCAGCUAUCGUGAUCACGUGUAUACGUCCCACUUAGGGGCAAUGACAAUACGACUGCAAUAUAACCCACUCCAUGAUGAACUGCUACCCUUACGCACCGUCUUUAUCAUGGGUGACUUUAACAGCUGUAGGCUGAAUGGCACUCUCCCCUCUUACCAUCAUACGUUGACAUCCCAACUAGACUAGACAGAUCCUUGGGAUUUAUGCUAUGGUAAUAUCGAAUCUGCCUUCACGGCGAAAUCCUGGGCUCCUCUGGGCUCAGCAUAUCAUAACGUGUAUCUCAUCCCUAAAUACCGCCAGCUAUUGAAAAGAUUGAAGCCCACCACAGUAACCAUCCAACAAUGGACUGAUGACACCACUGCCCAGCUCCAGGGUUCCUUCGCCUGUACGGACUAG